AUGUCCUACGACCGCUACGUUGCCAUCUGCAAACCCCUGUACUACGGGACCCUCCUGGGCAGCAGAGCUUGUGUCCACAUGGCAGCAGCUGCCUGGGCCACUGGGUUUCUCAAUGCUCUGCUGCACACGGCCAAUACAUUUUCACUGCCCCUGUACAAGGGCAAUGCCCUGGGCCAGUUCUUCUGUGAAAUCCCCCAGAUCCUCAAGCUCUCCUGCUCACACUCAUACCUGAGGGAACUUGGGCUUCUUGUGGUCAGUGUCUGUUUAGGAUUUGGCUGUUUUGUGUUCAUUGUGGUGUCCUAUGUGCAGAUCUUGAGGGCCGUGCUGAGGAUCCCCUCUGAGCAGGGACGGCACAAAGCCUUUUCCACCUGCCUCCCUCACCUGGCCGUGGUCUCCCUGUUUGUCAGCACUAUCAUAUUUUCCCACCUGAAGCCCCCCUCCAUCUCCUCCCCAUCCCUGGAUCUGGUGGUGUCAGUUCUGUACUCGGUGGUUCCUCCAGCAAUGAACCCCCUCAUCUACAGCAUGAGGAACAGGGAACUCAAGGAGUCUAUAAGGAAAGUGAUUACUGUUCUCUUUUCAAAAGCUGUAAUGAAGUGACGUCCUGCUUCUGCAUGUCACUUGUACUAUAAUGCAUUACUAGUUCAACCUGAGUUCUGUAGGUUUUGUGUUUUUUUUGUUUGUUUGGUUGGGGUUUUUUUUGUUUUGUUUUUUUUUUUUUUGUGUGUGUGUGUGUUUUUGUUUUUGUUUUGUUUUGUUUUGUUUUUCUCUUUGGUGUUUGUUUUUCUUGGUUGUAUUAAUGCUAUCCACAAGCAAAAUUAUUUGUCUUUGUAUGGCUGUGUCCAUAUCUACCUGUCUGGUGUGUCCCAUAGUCUUUGUGUAAAUAAGGAGCUGUACUUAUAAACGAAAUAAAGGACCCCGCACUGACUUGUUUGCCCAGAAUCCUCUCUCUGGGAUCUCUGGGGCUGCAGGAGCCAUGUCUGUGUGCUGAGGGGGAGUGAGCAGGAGCCACCUUGAGCUGGGUCUUCCUCCCAUCCUGACCAACGUGAAUCUGCGGACUCACCCCAUGGCCCUGGGCACCACAGCCCACUUGCUCUGCAGAGCAGCACCGCCAGGUCGGAGCUGUAUGGAGCGUGGGAAGGGGGACAGGAACAGCUGGCCAGGUCAGCAUAGCUCAGCUCUCUUGGGAAAGGGCUCUGUGGGGAGAUGGGAUGCUCCAGGAGAAGAGUGGGGCCAAAUGUCUCAUGCU